AUGACCUUCAUGUCUUGUUGCUGUUGCUGCUGCUUAGUUGCCUCCGUUGCCAUACGCAGCUGCCUGCCUAGCAACCCGAGAGCUGACGUCAUAAUUAUUUUGCCGCUCCACUUCCGGUUUGAAACAAUAAAAGUGUUCUCCGUUAAUAACAAUGCCAACGAAAUUGUUGAUGAAAGAUUCAGCGAAUCAUCACCAUCAUCACCAUCAUCAUCACCCUCCUCAUCAUCAUCAUCAUCCUCAUCCUCUCUGACGUCAUCGUCUACGUCAUCUUUGUCUACCCUAUCUGCUUAUGAUGUCUACCCCCAAAACAUCCACCCCAAUUUACCACUCACUUCAUCUUCUUCCUCUUCCUGCUCUCUUCACUACCCCAUCUGCGACCCACCACUGGGCUGUGACGUCACAGUAGGGAUGUGCCUCUGCCCCAGGGGAUACCAGAUGGAGGAGGGUGUUUGCGUGGUCACCGAGUUAGCUCAGACAGUAGAAGCGCUACGUCUCGCGCCGCUUUUAGGCGAUGGCCUGGGAACAUUCCCGAGUUGCUUGAACUCCUCGUCCAACAGUUUCGUGACCGCCGAAUACACACCCCUCCUGGGGGAGAUCUUCCGACAGCCCUACACCAGCAUCUCCCCCGUCGAGUUCCCAAGUGAUGAUUGCAAAGCCUCCAUAUUCAGUCCGUGCAUUAGGUAUUUCUUCCUAGUUCUCCACAUGAUCUACUGCUUCACAUUCACCAUCACGGUCAUCACUUUCACCAUAUUUUGCAUCAACUCAUCUGACAUCAAGGUCGCCACCAAUGAGAUUAAUGUCUUACAAUCAUCCUCUCCAUCACCUUCGUCAUCUAUAUCUAUAUCAUCAGUAUCACCGUCUAUAUCAUCAGUAUCAUCAUUAGUAUCAUCAGUAUCAGCAUCAGUAUCAUCAUCUAUAUCAUCUGCAUCAUCACCAUCGUCAUCUCAUUUAUCAUCCUCUUCUUCUUUAUUCUCGUCGCCAACAUCUCGUCACGUUGAGAGCUCUAAUCAGACAGCAGGCGAUAAGAUGUUUGGAAAUAAUUUUGGCGGGAAUGACGCUGCAACUACCACAUCGUCAAUUUUUCUCAAAAACUACCAUCUCCAACUUGAAAAAGUUCUAGCGAGGUACAGCUCAAACUCUUUGAAAUCCUUAAAAGCUCAAAUCAACUCAUACAUAGAAGACAUCUUCAGUGGCCAAAGAAGUAGCAGUAGUAGCGGCAGUAGUAGUGGUGGUAGUGGUGGCAGCAGCGGUAUUGAGUCUGGUUUGAAGCAGUACUUGUCAUCUUUCACCAGGUAUCUGAGUAACUUGUCAGCCAAUCAGUGGCUGUCCUUUCCUAAAUUACUCUAUGCCAGUAAAAUCGCCAGUAAAAUUAAGGAAAAUGACGUCAUCAUCAACAACAACAACAAUAACAACAACAACAAUAAUAAAAAUGUUGUAAAUAAAAUUGUCGCUACUACCAGUAAAAAUCUAAAUAAAGACAGCAAAUCGAUAAUUGGUGGCAAUGUCAACAGCAUUUACGAGGCGCUAAAUUUUCCAGCCGAGAAAUAUUUUUACGUUUCCAAGCCAUAUCCAUCAUCAUUACUACUGCCAACAUCAUCGUCAUCAUUCUUUCUUUCUACGUCAUCUCCGUCUAAAAGUGAACUUCUGAAGUCUUUAAACAAUUCGAUCGUUGAGUUUGGAAGGUUUAUAGAAGUCGAAGAGGUUGAUUUUGUGGUGAUGCUAGUGACCAGGCUGUUGAGGCAGUGA